CACAUAUAAAAUCAAAUUAUUUGUUUGAAGCAUUCAUGCUAUUUAAGUCUCUUAACAUUUAUAAAAUUUAGUUUGCGUUAAAAACGGUUUUCAUGCGACUUUAUAUGUAGAGAAAAUUAAAUGUAAAGAAGGAUUUAUUGAACUCAUUUUAAUCAUGGAGGAACGCGUUACCUCAGUAAUGCGUGUCAUACACGCGAUGGAGGAGCUGGACCACAGUGAACUAACACGUGGCAACGUGAAGGCAGCGACACGUGCGGUGGAAAGCAUGCAUAAUGAAAUAAGAAAACACAAUGGUGAGAAUGCAAAAACUGAUUCCUUUUCCAAACUAUUAUCAAUGGCUGAACGGGGCAAUUGGACAGAACUACGGAACGCCAGGAGCAAUGGCCUGAUGCCUGCUGCAAGGAAAGAACUAGACGACAUGGUUGCCUUCUUUGUAAAGAAACCAGCAUCGGAAACCCCAAUAGUUGUAGACAGACCGUCAAAAGGAAACACACCACUUGAUAGGGGUUAUCCACCACAACAUACAGAGGAGAGUGAGCGAGCAUACAAUCGACGCCGGGCAGAGAGCCAGUUUGAACACAGGGAUCGACGGACAGUAGAGCCAAGUUGGUCGUCCACUCCAUCGGAUUACGACAGAUAUGAAUUAAGACGACGGGAUGAUCCGAAACAAGUCAGCGCUCAACUUAGUCAACUUGCAUCUGAAAGACUGCGCAAUGGUAAGGCGACCGAUUUGGAAGAUGUUACAAGUCCAAAGCACGUGGCGGAUAUGUUCACCGACCUGUACAACAGAGAAUGGACUGCAGCCUACGAGGAACUCCAGCAGAUAUACAGGGAUCCAACAGAAACCAUCCAACAUCUCACAAAGAUAACUAAGAGUGCGUAUGAUUACUGCGAGAAAACCGCGGAAAGACAGAUGGUUAACAUUUUGAUGCACACAGAAAAUGAAAUGCUUUACCCAAACAUUUCACAGCAGUCUAGGGCCGCACUGGAGGCUCAAGUUCGACCUGAUCGUCACCUGAUUGCUAUUGUUCGGGAAAGUGAUGCAGUUCUGAGAGAUUUCAGAAAAUAUGCUGCUGUAGCCUCAUUACCUGUUGUCAAAUGGUUAUUCUACGAAGACGUCCUUAAAACUAUUCAUCCAGCUCAACGUCCAACAAACUCACAAGUAGCUUUCAUUGAUCGAUGUAUAGAGGUGUGUUGGAUGAUGUGUAUCCAGGCAACACCGAUGCAUCUGGAGUUCUGUAAUAAAGGAGACAGACCAACUAGUAUAUUCAAACCUUUCACAAGGUCAGGGAACGCAGUUCAAAACUGCGUCUGGCCGGCGUUGUUCUUGCAUAAAGACGGACCAUUGAUGGAGAAAGGCGUGGCACACCUGCAUUGAAGUAAAACACUUUCUAAGACUGUACCGGAUUCCUAUAAUAGAAUAGGUUUUCCUCUCUAUGUGAUGAGAAACAGUAUGUUCAGUACGAUAUGUGCUUUUAAGUCUGUUCUUAAGGACUUUAAAUGUUAAAUAUUUUGCUUACAUGAAAUAAACACUUCCGUUUUUCUAUAUGUUAUCCUAUGUAAUACAACCAAAAUUGCACUAAAUAUCACAUGACAGAGACCCCAUUGAUAUCAGACAUCGAGUUUCAUUUAAAAAAGUAAAGAAAGAAUCAGGUUAUUUAUAUUUUAACUCCAUCAGUGUAUAAAGUGUACAUUCCGACAUUUAAAAACACAGUCUUUAUUAACAAUUUCAUUCUACUAGUAAAUUCAAUGAACUAAAAUGGUUCUAGGUCUUUUUUUUUUCAUUCAGCAUAUAUAUUCUAUCAUGUACAUUGUAUCAUGCAAAUAAACCAGUUCUGUAUUUGA